AUGUUAGUGUUUUACCACAUCGAGUGCUGCAUCUCCUACACUCUCAGCUCUGGCCACCGUGCUGACAGUGUGUCCACAGUGAGCAGCGUAACUGUACAGAGAGGAAGAUCUGUCACCAUCCCGUGUCACUAUGAUCUCAAAUAUAAAAACAAUGUGAAAUACUGGUGUCGAGGAUAUUCCUGGUACAGUUGUUCUUUUGUAGUACGCACUGACUCUCCAAAGAAUAAUGGUAAAGCGUCAAUCACUGAUGACCCUGCCCACCAGGUCUUCACUGUGUCCAUGACGAAUCUGCAGGAGGGGGAUUCUGGAUAUUACUGGUGUGCUGUAGAGAUUGGUGGAGCUGGAACUGUAGAUGACAGUGCAUCUAUGUAUCUAUCAGUCACAGCUGGUACUCCAGGGCUUUGGGUGGAUCAGCAGGAGGUGACUGGUGUGGAAGGGGGCAGUGUCAGGGUCCAGUGUCACUAUAGCAACCGUGGUGACAUGAAGAAGUGGUGCAGGAGUGGGAGCUCCUGUGUAGCAGGGAAUUCUGGGAAUGUCAGGAUCUCAGAUGACUUCACUGUGACAGUGAGUGGACUGAAGAUGCAGGACACAGGCUGGUACUGGUGUGCUGCUGGAGACCUACAGAUCCCUGUUCACAUCACUGUCACUCAGCCAGCCACUGCAGUCACAACAAGUAAGGAGUUAACAUCUCAAAAUUUCUGGCAGCCAAAAUACCUCCUGAUUACUUCUGGAAUGUUGCUGCUGGGUGUGGCUAUUGUGAUGGUUACCUGGAAGCCUUCUCAGGACACUGCAGAUGAGAUCAUCUACAGCUCAAUCGUUCUGUACAACCCACAGGACUAG